AUGGCUUCGGUCGCCGCUUGGUUGCCAUUCGCACGGGCGGCGGCCAUCGGGUGGGUCCCCAUUGCAUCCCACCCACUACCAGCACCACCGGUAUUCAAAGAUCGGCUUCGUUCGGAGGAUGAGAAACUUAUCAUCAACGUGUCCGGACGGAGAUUCGAAACCUGGCGGACGACCGUCGAGAAGUACCCUGACACGCUACUCGGUUCAAACGAGCGAGACUUUUUCUACGAUGAAGACAGCAAAGAGUACUUUUUCGACCGUGAUCCGGACAUCUUUAGGCACAUAUUAAAUUACUAUCGCACCGGAAAACUGCACUACCCUCGGCAUGAGUGCUUGCUCAGCUACGAUGAGGAAUUGGCUUUCUUCGGCAUCAUGCCGGAUGUGAUCGGCGACUGCUGCUAUGAAGACUAUCGAGAUCGGAAACGAGAAAAUGCCGAACGACUGAUGGACGACAAACUGUCGGAGAAUAGUGAUAAUAAUCUGCAACAGCUAACCAACAUCAGACAACGGAUGUGGCGAGCAUUCGAGAAUCCGCAUACUUCCACUGCCGCCCUCGUGUUCUACUAUGUAACGGGCUUUUUCAUUGCUGUAUCUGUGAUGGCCAACGUCGUCGAGACGGUGCCCUGUGGGUUGCGGCCGGGCCGCGCCGGGACACUGUCCUGCGGUGAACGGUACAAGAUUGUCUUUUUCUGUUUGGAUACGGCAUGUGUGAUGAUAUUUACCGCCGAAUAUCUGCUCCGGUUAUUCGCCGCCCCGAAUCGGUGCAAAUUCAUGCGGAGUGUAAUGAGUAUCAUCGAUGUGGUGGCCAUCCUGCCGUAUUACAUCGGUCUCGGUAUAACCGAUAAUGACGACGUGUCCGGAGCGUUCGUGACACUUCGGGUGUUUCGAGUAUUCCGAAUCUUUAAGUUCUCCCGUCACUCGCAGGGGCUACGAAUUCUUGGCUACACGCUAAAGUCCUGCGCUUCCGAACUGGGCUUCCUAGUGUUCUCCCUGGCGAUGGCUAUCAUCAUCUUCGCCACCGUCAUGUUCUACGCCGAGAAGAACGUGGACGGUACGAACUUCACUUCUAUUCCAGCGGCAUUUUGGUAUACAAUUGUCACGAUGACAACGUUAGGUUACGGCGAUAUGGUGCCAGAAACAAUAGCCGGUAAGAUCGUGGGAGGCGUCUGCUCGCUGAGCGGUGUGUUGGUCAUCGCGCUACCCGUACCUGUGAUCGUGUCGAACUUCAGCCGCAUCUACCACCAAAAUCAGCGGGCGGACAAGCGGAAAGCACAGCGGAAAGCACGUCUCGCACGAAUACGAAUAGCGAAAGCGGGCGCCAGUGCGGCGUUCGCGAGUAAGAAGAAGGCUGCCGAGUCGCGGCUAGCGGCGCAGGAGUCUGGCAUCGAACUGGACGACAACUACAACGACGAAGACAUCUUCGAACUACAGCAUCAUCAUCUGUUGAGAUGUUUAGAGAAGACUACGGACCGGGAGUUUGUCGAGCUAGAGACGCAGUACAACGGUCAAACGAAACGGCCCGGAUCGCCGUCUCCGAUGGCCAGCCCUUCACAUUCAGCCAACACUGCGACCGGCGCCACCGGACUGCUGCAGUCCUGCUGUGGUCGGUGCUGUUCCCAGCGGUAUCAGAACUACACCUCGGCGAACCAAUGAUGUCAGGAGGACGACAUUCCCCUGCGAGAGAGAAAAAAGUCCUAAUAGAUUCCGGAGGGCUCAACCUUCCUUCCCACAGUCGAAC